AUGGAUAUGUUGCCUGGCAUUGGUCCAGAGCCGGCACAAGUGCCCGUCUUGACACGAAACUCGCCCAUGUACAUUGAUAUCUCGUCGGAUAGCUUCAUGUCACUUGACAGAAGUGAUAGCCAGUUCCAAUGGAAUCCAGGAUUCGGAUGCCUCCGCUUCCUAGCCAGACUUAGACCUCGCAAGAUCGAGAUCUAA